AUGGCCAGCAGAACGUACGCUCGACAGGUUGUCGGAUGCGUUAGACAGUACGCCACCCACAAUGGCCGUCGCGACUACAACGCCGCGGUGGCGGCUCUCAAUACCCUUCAAAGCAACUUCUCCGCCGUCGAAGCCAUUCGAAAGGCCGGACCGGGUUGGAACAAGCGUGCGAUUCCAGAGAUGAUAGAAUGGGUGCACCGGAUAGGUUAUGAGCCAUCGGAUUUCGAUCAGCUGAAUCCCGUUCAUAUUGCCGGCACCAAGGGCAAGGGUUCCACAUCCACUUUCAUCUCGUCCAUCCUGGCUCAAUAUCUCCCGACCAGGCGCAGCAUUCCUGCCGAGCGACUGCCGUCAACCGUCGGCCUGUACACUUCACCCCAUCUUCGCUUCGUCAGAGAGCGCAUUCAGAUCGAUGCCCGGCCCAUCUCCGAAACAGCCUUCGCCAGAUGCUUCUGGGAGGUUUGGGAUCGGCUCGAGUCUUCCGCUCCUCCUUCAACCGACAUCGAGCAGAGGAACGUGGGUGGGAAGCCCGUGUACUUUCACUAUCUUACUCUAAUGGCUCUUCAUUGCUUUCUCCAGGAGAGCAUCGGAACGGCCGUUGUCGAGUGCGGCAUCGGGGGCGAAUAUGACACGACAAAUAUUCUCGUCCGGCCCAGUGUGACGGGCAUCACGAGUUUGGGCUUGGACCAUGAGGCAUUGCUUGGUGAUACAAUCGAAAGCAUUGCAUGGCACAAAGCUGGAAUCUUCAAGUCGACUGUGCCCGCAUUUUCGGUGCCGCAAGUUCCCAGCGCAGAAGAGGUCUUGCGUGAGCGAGCGCGGGAGAGAGAGACGACAUUGCAUUUCGUCACGGUCCACGCUGCCCUGCAAGGCAAGAAUGUCAAGCUGGGCUUACAAGGCGAAUUCCAAAAGAUGAAUGCAUCGCUUGCCAUCGCCGUCUCUUGCCAGCACUUGCAACGCCUGGGAUUCAGCGGUAUACCCCACCCUCUGGACUCGGACUCUGCACUUCCCCCUGAGUUCAUGCGAGGCCUUGAGAGUGCGCGGCUAGGCGGCAGAUGUGAAGUACGCCAUGACUCCGUUCAACCUGAUCUCACGUGGUACAUCGAUGGAGGCCACACCCUGGCGAGUAUUCAAGUCGCCGGCGAGUGGUUUGCCACCGCUAGUGAUGAAGCAGCGGAUACCAAAACGCCCAGAAUAUUGAUAUUCAAUCAACAGACAAGAGAUGCUGCCAGCCUUGCGAGGAAGCUGUACGAAACCUUGUCAUCGGCGCUCCAGGAUUCGAGGCCGUUUGAGCAUGCAAUCUUCUGUCCGAAUGUCACCUACACAACUGCGGGAUACAAGGCCGAUCUCGUCAGCAUGAACACUAACAAUCACGACAUCGCCUCCUUAAAAGUCCAAAAAGCGCUAGCUGCAACGUGGGAUGCAAUCAACCCUCAGGCUACGGUGCACGUCGUCGCCAGUAUUGAGGACGCGGUUGCAAAGGCAAGAGAGGUCUGCGAGGGCAGGACGGCGUCGGUCCUUACCACGGGAAGUUUGCAUCUUGUGGGUGGCCUAAUUGACGUGCUGGAGAGUGAAACGGAAGGCGGGGAGCGGUGA